AUGAUGAUGACCCAACCGUUUCCUGCCCAUCAAGGCAUUCCCCAGCAUCCCGGCUUGCCUCCAGGUCACCACCCAAUGGCUCAGGCUCAGCAUCCGAACAUGGGCGUGCAGGCCCCAGGCAUGGUACAACAAAUGCACCCUGGUGUUUCUGCUGCUGGUCCCCAAGUGAGCCAGCCAGGACCCAUGAUGGGCGGAAUGCCCCCUGGCGCGACAACCGGACCAGGCGGUCCUGUUGCGAAUGCACAUGCCCUGCAGCAUUUGAAUCCCGCGCAGGCUCACAUCCUACAGCAGCAACAAUAUGGAAUGAAUGCACAAAACAAUCAGAUGCUACAACAGCAGAUAGCGCGACAGAGAUUAUUACAGCAACAGCAGUUAGCCCAACAACAACAACAACAACAACAACAGCAGCAGCAGCAGCAGCAGCAACAACAACAGCAGCAACAGCAACAGCAACAGCAACAACACCAUGGUGGUAUUCCUGUCUCUUUACCUGCUGGAACCCAGGGCAUGAGCCAGGCACAAUUGUCUGCGAUUCAAAACUCCAACAUGCGUGGGCCUGCCAACAUGAUGCACUUUCAGCAGCAGAUGCAACAUGUACCGCAGAACCUCCAACAGCAACAGCAACAAUAUAUGGCCAUGCAACACGCUGCGCAUGCUGCUGCGCAAGCACAAGCCGCAGCGCAGGCCAACAACCAGCAAGGCCAGCACACACCACAACAACGUGCGGCUGUACCACCUCAAAGCGUCACUCCACAACCACAACAAGGACCUCAACCUCCUCAAGGAAGCGGAACCCCAUCGCAACAGUCGAAUCCUCCCCAACAUGCGACACCGCAACCGCCUUCUCACCAAGGCUCACAGCCACCGCCGCAGCAGACCCCCAAUCCUCAACACCAACAAAUCCCGCAGGGCCAGCAAGUACCGCAGCCACCACAACAGCAAGCCCAGCCAACUCCACAGAUGCAACAGCAGCAGCUGCCACAGACUACCCAACCGCAGGCUCCAAACGCGCAACAACAGGCUGUCCAUCAACAGCAACAGCAACACCAACACCAACAACAAGUUCAAAUGACCCAGGGACAGCAACAGCAUCCCAUGUCUGCUCCAGACCAAAUCAAAAUGCAACAGCAAAUCUUGCUGGAACAGCAGCGCCGCGCCGCUAGCAUGAACCCCAUUGUGCAAAACAAUAAAGGACCAUUAACGCAUUAUGUCAACAGUUAUUUCGAGACCCUAAGCAAUUUCCAGAGCAACGGUGAAGACGCAGAUCUUCUUUUCUGGCAAGAGGUGGUGAAUAAGUACUACAACACAACUUUCCAACCGACCACGGGACAACCAUGGGGAGUCCUGCGUCAGGGCGUCUUCUCCGCCCGGUCUGGAUCAAAGGCCUUUGAAGUGAAUGCAACGAUCUUGCCUCGAUACUAUGUCACACUCUUCAACAACGGCAUCAGGAAGAUACAAACUCACAUGGAAGCCACUCAGGAAUUCACUCCUCAGAAUGGUUACCGAGUUGUAUACAGUCCUAAGGCGAGUUUCAUCUAUUGGUUCUCCAAUGACUGCCAGCUUUUUGUCAAUGGCUCUCUUAAAGUUCUGGUGAACCCCGAGUUCAAAUUUGACCUGGUCGACAUUUCGGUGAGCGGCUUUCGGGAAUACAUCCCUCGUAGCCUAUUGCAACUUCAGGAAGCAAACGAGCAGAAACAAAGUCCGCGCGUGACCAAAGCUGCCAACAAGCGGGGCCAGCAGAAGCAAUUGCCUCCGCAACCUACCAUUACUCCACCAGAAUCGCUGGUCAAUGAAUAUGGGCUGCCCGCGAGUGUCCAGUGCUUUUUAGAGAUUGCAGAACCUAUGUCGUUCAUGACGAGUUUAAUCUUUCACAGUUCCGGAAAUCCCCAGAAGAACGCAGGCGAUGUACUCCGUGAGGUGACUUCCAUGAUGGCCCAACAGAGUAUGAAUUUGCAAGCCCAAGGGGGGCAACGAACCCCCAAUAUGAAUGGGCCAUCUCAAUUUGCAUCUCCAUUGGUCGGUCAGAUGGGCCUGCCUGGUGCACAGGCCUCACCACAUCUGGGCCAUUCAGCUCAACCUAGCCCGGCGCAAACCCAUCUCAUGGGACCUGGUAUGAUGGCUCACCAAAACCAAGCAGGCAUGGCCGCCAAUGGGACCCAAGGAUCCAGCGCGAAUACCAGCCCUAGCGUUUCCAACAAACGGCGACGCGCGAGCACUGUCAAGACAGAAGGUGAUGAUGGUACCGAAGUGAAUGGCACAGGGCCCGUAGGCACAUCGAAAGUGAAAGCCAGCCCUCGAGGUGGUAAGAGACAGAAAGGCACCUCCUAG